AUGAAACCGGACCAAAAACUUCGUGGCUUUUCUUUGGUGGAUGAGGAAAUCCCACACCCGCGAUCCAAAGAAGAUCGGCUGAGAACCAACACUCCCUCCUUGAUGACCCUGCUGGAACUGCAGGGUUUGGUGGUGCCCGAAGAUGGUGACAUCAUGAGCGUUCAGCUGAAACCGCACCAAUGUUGGGACAAGAAAACUGAGCGCCUUGCGCUUCAAAGCGGAACCAUGCGGUCUCGAAAAAUCUUGUGGACAACAAGUGGGACGUCUGAAGAGAAAAAAGACCCUCAAGCUAGUUGUAUGAGGUGGAUGUGGCUUCAUCCAAGCGGUGGCUUCCGAGCAUGUUGGAACUCGUUGGUUGCUCUCCUAGUGCUGUACGAUCUCUUGGUGAUCCCUUUGAGUGUCUUUGAUCACCCAAAAAGCUCCGCGAUGCAUGCGAUGGACAUCGGCAUGCCGAUUUUUUGGUCCAUGGACUUCAUUCUCACCUUCUUCACUGGAUAUUAUCAACAGGGUGAGCUCAUCAGUGAUUUCAAGAAGAUUGCUUAUCAAUAUGCAAUGCGCUGGAUGCUGUAUGACCUUGGUCUGAUUGCUCUGGAUUGGAUAUUUGUCACCAUGGACUAUUUCAUGCCAUUGGUUUCUGAAACGGGCUGGUCACGCAGCUUGCUCAUGCUGCGGAUUUUGCGCUUGGCCCGGAUCAUGAGGGCCAUCAAGCUUCGGAGAGGCUUUGCUACCUUCCAAGAUCUUUUACAUUCGCAGGCGUUUGAGGACUUCUUGCCACCGUUUUGUUUUCUCGCAUUUCUCGCCGGCCGCAAGUCUCUACGCCGGAUUUUUCACCAGUUUGGGGCAGCUGCUGAUUUUGAACCACUGGAUGGCUUGCGCCUGGUUUGGAGUGCGGUGGUUACACCCAAACGACAACUGGGUGGUGAAGAGCGGGAUGAACCAGAAUUAUUGGACUCAUACCUGAUGUGUAUGCUCUGGAGUUUUUGCCAGUUGGGUGUCGGGGAGAGCCCUCUGCAGCCGACAAACACCACUGAGAUGCUCUUGAACUGCGUAAUUGCCUUCAGGGCUCUCAUAACAACUGCUACGCUGAUCAGUACAAUGAGCGAUCUGAUUGCUGGCUUGAGAUCUUUGAGAGAAGACGAAGCGGCGCAGUUUCGUCUCUUGCGCCGCUUCUUGGCGCAAAACAACAUUCCGCACGAUGUCAGCCACAAGGUGACACAAUUCCUCCAGCACCAGUUUACGAACGCCCAAAAAGCCAGGUCGUCAGACUUGCGAGUGCCACUGCUGGAUUUGCUUUCUCGUCCGCUCUUCAGGGAAUUGCAGUUUGAACGGCACCGAGCAUCACUCAGCAAGCUGCCCAUGCUGAAGGAUCUGCUCGAAGCUCCUGAUAUUCAGACCUUGGAGGCAGUACAUUCAACCACCAGCAGCUUGCAGCAGCUGGUGGCUGCAGCAGGCGAUAUCAUCUUUUUAAGUGGCAGCCGUGCUUCAUCCGCAUAUAUGAAAUUGGAUGGGACGCUGUCAUACUAUCGUGAUCAAGGGGAAGAGCUGGUGAAUGAUCAGGUGUGGGUGGCCGAAGCUUGUCUAUGGACGCCUUGGAUUCACAUGGGCGACUUUGAGGCAGAAGAGGUAUCUGACUUGCUCUGCUUGGAUGCUGAUGGCUUCUGUGCAAUUAUGUCGAAGACAUGGAGUACGCAACAAAUGGCCAACAGCUACGCACGGCAAUUCUUGGCUGCUAUGCAAAGGGACAGGAUUUGGAGUGAUGUGUACGUCGACCACGAGUUGGACUCGGUGAAUGGUGAGGAUGAUCUCCCACUGGAGCUGCCUCUAGUCCCUCUAUUUUGUGGAUUCUGUCCACGAUUGAAAAGACGCCGUGACAUCACGAGAGUUCAGAACGUCCUUCCUGACGAAGCCUCCGUCGAACCUGACCUCACUUGA